AUGGACGGGUACGACACUGCCUCCCCUUCCAAGAGCCCGACGGCCCAUGGCCACAAGAAGUGGAUCAAGAAGGAAAAAAUUGGCCAAGGGGCACAAGGCACUGUGUACCGUUGCGUGGAUGCUGCCACGGGUCGCAUCGUCGCCAUGAAGGAAGUCAACAUAAAGGGUUUGUCCGAUCAUGAAAUCGACGCUUUGACGAGCGAAGCCACCGUGAUGAAGAGCUUGUCGCACAAGCACAUUGUGCAGUACUAUGGCGUGCGGCACAAGAAGCGAACGCUCGAGAUAUCCAUGGAGUACAUGCCGGGAGGGUCUUUGAGUGCGUACAUUCGUUCGGUUGGUGGCAGCUUGACGUUGGACCGGACCAAGAGCUACACGUGGCAGCUGCUUCGCGCAGUUCAAUUUCUGCAUGACCACCGCAUUGCGCAUCGCGACAUCAAAAGCGCCAACGUGCUGCUGACGGACGACCAGUCCCAGAUCAAAUUGGCCGACUUCGGCGCGUUGAAAGAAAUUGGAAGCGUGUCGGUGGUUGGCGGGCUGAAAGGCACGCCGCACUGGAUGGCUCCAGAAGUGAUCAAAGAGCAGCAAACUAGCGAGGGGUGGAUGAAAGCGGAUAUAUGGAGCUUGGGCUGCACUGUCUUGGAAAUGCUCACGGGGCGAACGCCGUGGCAAGAAUACAGCAACCCCCUCACAGCCAUGUACAAGAUCGUAUCGAGCGAAUCAACCCCCCAAGUCCCGUCGGACCUACCGCUCGAGGCAACGUCGUUCCUCGAGUCGUGCUUCCAACGCGAUCCCACCAAACGUCCGAGCGCGUCCGAGUUGCUGCACAGUGCGUUUUUGAAGUCUGUUCGGAAACAAAAGAAGAAGGCUCGUGACGCCACAGAGUCCCCAAAGGCACACUCUGCCAACAACAACAAGAGUAGCGCUGAUCACUCGCCGCGACCAUGUCGAGACGGCCCCGAAUCUCCUCCAUGCAGGAGCGUGGUUGAUUCGAUGCCCAAGUCGAAAAUCCAUGCACUGGUGGCCGACGACGCUUUGACCGUAUCGAAGCAACGCAAGUCAAAGAAACCCAUUCGAUUGGAGCCACUCGCUGUUGGCUCCACGUCCAACCAAGAAAAGAGUACGCCUCGGUCCAAAGCCAAGGUAGAAAGCACUAUUGUGUGA